AUGGCUGUGACCUCUGGUGUCCUUACCAUCAAACCCGUCUCUGGGACUCCUUAUCAAUUGAAUAAUGAUCAGGUCACCCGGGCGUCAUCUGCGCUUUUACGUCAUAUAAAAACGGAAGAGGAAAGGAAAGCUCUGGAAUCGACGAAGAAGGAUCUCCUGGUCAAUAACGACGAUGAAGACGACAUGGGUGGUGUAGAUGCUACUCCCAUCUGGCUGGUCCUCACAACGAAAAAACAUAUCGUAGACAAAAACCGUUUAAAGCCAGGCAAAAUCGUUGUCCCACAUUCCCUGAAUACCUCCCCUUCUCUCAGCAUCUGCCUCAUAGCAGCCGACCCACAACGCGCGGUGAAGGAUGUUAUUGCCAACCCUCAAUUCCCGACAAACUUGUCGUCGCGCAUUACCAAGGUCAUCGGAUACACCAAACUAAAGACCAAAUAUAAGAGCUUCGAGAGUCGACGACGGUUGCUAUCAGAGCAUGAUGUCUUUUUGGCCGAUGAUCGGAUUAUCAUGAGGCUGGUGCAGACCCUGGGGAAGAUCUUCUAUAAAUCGAGCAAGCGCCCAAUUCCGAUUCGCAUUGCGGAAGUGCAGAAGGUCGGGGGUAAAAAGGUGAAGAAGGAGGAUAGGAAGAGACCUGCGUCAGAUGAAAUGUACUCUGCCGUUGCAUCGCCGGCUGUCGUUGCGAAAGAGAUCGAGAAGACUCUGUCUAGCGUCCCUGUACAUUUGGCGUCCGCGGCCACGACUUCUGUGCGCGUUGGUUCUGCGAACUUUACUCCCGAGAAGCUGGUGGAAAACGUUGAGGCUGUUGUUCAGGGUAUGGCGGAAAAGUAUGUCUCGAAGGGAUGGAGGAAUAUCAAGGCUUUACACCUGAAAGGUGCGAAUACAAUGGCUAUGCCAAUUUGGCUUGCCAGUGAAUUAUGGGUUGAUGAGGGUGAUGUUCGAGAAGAUGAGGAUUCUAUGACUCUUGAGGGUUCCAAGAAAAUGAACAAGAAGCGCAAAUCGGUUGGGAAAUCGGGGUCUAUGGAGUCAAAGAAGCUGAAGAUAUCUGAGAAGGAAGAUAAUGAAGAUGAUGAAUUGAUCGCAUCGAGAAAAGCUAAGCUUCAAGCUCAAAAAGCUCGAGCUCUAUCAGACGGUGACAAUGUCAAUGGGAACAAGACUGCCCUCACCAAGGUUCCUGAGUCUUCUGAUUCUAAUAAAAGGAAAAGAAGGUGA